CUCGCCUCAGUCUGGACUGAUCUCAGAUCCAAACGCAGCCCAGUUCUGGGUCCCCCCCUCUUCUCUAAGCCAGCUGGUCUGGCUUAAUAUUCCUUCUUUCGCUUUCUUUUUCUUUAAGAAUCCUUUCUUGUUUGAUACAAGGGAUCGACUGAGUGAACCCACAGCUGGAGCUGCUGGGGAAACCUUCCAGGUGAAGACAGAACAAAAAGCACCGGUGCUUUGAGCCCGAGGAAGCGCAGGAAGACUCACCGAUGGACUGAGCCGCUGGACGGACACACGCAGGAGAAAGACCUGCGGAGCGGAGCAGUGUGAGAAGCCAGCAGUUUGGGAUUGAAAAGUGAAAAACUGUGAGGACCUGAAAGUCAGUCAAAGGAGCCAGAAGAAGUUUGUGACAAAGAGGAAGAACUAGCAAGACAAAACAAAACAGCCAAGAUGGGGAGAAAAAAGAUUCAGAUAGCGCGGAUUAUGGAUGAACGGAACAGACACGUGACAUUCACCAAGCGCAAGUUUGGUCUGAUGAAGAAGGCGUACGAGCUGAGUGUGUUGUGCGACUGCGAGAUCGCCCUCAUCAUCUUCAACAGCACCAACAAGCUGUUUCAGUACGCCAGCACCGACAUGGACAAAGUUCUGCUGAAAUACACCGAAUACAACGAGCCCCACGAGAGCAGGACCAACUCCGACAUCGUGGAUACGCUGCGUAAGAAAGGUUUAAACGGCUGCGACAGCCCCGACAUCGAGGCCGACGACUCUGCUGGCCAGAGCCCAGAGUCGGACGACAAAUAUCGCAAAAUCAACGAGGACAUCGACCUGAUGAUCAACAGACAGAGAAUCUGUCAGGGUCUGCCUCCCUCCAACUACGACAUGGGCGUGACGGUCCCUGGCAGCAACCCCAGCAGUCUGCUGUACUCCCACCCCGGGAUCGGCUGCGGUCUCAACAACCACAACCUGCUGCCCAUCUCUUCCCUGCAGAGAAACAGCAUGUCACCCCAGCGGCCCUCCAGCACUGGAAACGCAGGUCUGAUGGGUGCAGAGCUGACGAGCACUGUGGUCUCCACUGUGGGAAAUGGCAGCUACAGCAACCACUGCACCUCCCCCGGGCUGCUGUCUCCAGGAGGAGUCUCCAAGAACAUGCAGGAUAAGAGUCCUCCAAUGAGCAUGAGCCGUAAGCCAGACCUCCGGACGCUGAUGCCCCCCUCCAACAAGUGCAACAACAUGCCAACCAUUUGUGAGGAUUUUGAUCUGAUGUUGAACCAGAGAAUAAAUCACUCUCAGAGCGCUCAGACGCUGUCGACUCCUGCCGUGUCCAUCACUGCUCAGAAUCUACCUGGACAGGGGAUGGGCGGGUAUCCGUCCACACUCUCCUCUUCUUAUGGCACAGAGUUCUCCCUUGGCAACGACCUGUCCUCCCUGUCUGGGUUUGGAGGUUCUGGCCUUGGAUCAGUUACAAACUGGCAGCAGCAGCAGAUACAGAAUCUGCAGCACUCAGCACUCGGACACAUGGGGAACUUGUGUCAGAACUCGAACUUGAACCUCGUCGGCCACCAGCACCUCCACAUCAAGUCCGAGCCAGCCUCACCUCCCAGGGACCGUGGAAUCGGGAUGAUCGGCGCGGGGCUCGGCGGAGGCGUUACCACAGCCGGAUACUCCGUCGGAGGCCGGGGCCCCGGCGAGCCGGGUCACUCCCCCGGCGACAGCGUGUCCAGCUGUGGGAGCUCGUACGAAGGCAGCGAGGAGCGCGAGGAUCAUCACGGGAAUGACAGCUUCCUCCUUCGACCUCUGUCCAGUCAGGAGGAGCAUCACAGCCCAUCUGUAAAGCGGAUGAGGCUAUCAGAGGGGUGGGCGACAUGAUGGGAGCCGGGCUGCAGCCAGAGGGGAGUUAGUAAAGUUACCUUAUAGUGUUGUUAUUAUUAUUAUUAUUAUUAUUAUUAUUAUUAUUAUAUUCUUCUUGUACUGAGUGGGUGUGCUAUAUGUGUAAUGGUAACAUGUACAUGAGGGGGAGUCAGACUGCUGUAUUUACAACAUGUACUGUAGCUGUACACUAGAGGAAAGAGAUCAGUAUUUAUCAAACUUUUAACACUCAAAGAGUUCUUCGCUGAAACUGAAUUAGUGAAACAUUUCUCAGGCUACUUCCCUUCGACUCACAGCGACGAGCCACAGUCAGCCAAUCAGAGACAAGGAUUUACCCAACGUCUGCCACAGUGCUCAAAAGAUAAACCCCUCUCAUUUUGUUUGGCAAGAACGUGAAUUUUUUUAUUAAUCUCUAUAUAAUACAUUUAUAUAUAUGUAUUUAUGAUGUGUAAGAGGCGAGGGCAUGCACAAGGUUGGAAGAGGAAUAGAUCACCAUAUAAUCAUGAUUUUAUUGGAUUGUUUUUAUCUACCAAAUUUUUUUAAUAUGGUCAGAGGCUUUAAGUAAAUGAUAAUAAUUAGCUGAAAUGGAAAGAAAUCAUACUAUAAUGUUCAAUGAUAGCACUGUAGGCUAAAUCUGCCCUGUUCUGCAUUAUAUACAUCACUUCUGAUAAAUUAUUACUGGUGUUUAGUCUGUGAGUCGGCGUAAAAGGGAAGGUUUUUGUAUCUUUCGGUGAAGUCCAGAAUGUUUUAGCAGUUUGAUAAAUCGGAGUCGAACUCGUACUCAAGCAGCUGGAGAGUCCGUCGGUGUACAUGCAUCGCUUGUUUUGUGUGUGUGUUCGGGAUAUAAGUAAAUAACAAAUAUGUUACAUGCACAUUCACGUAUGUGCACAUGUAUGCAAACUAACACAAAAAAGGUAAAAGUGAAGAAGUCUGGUACUCUGAAGCUACUGGUGAGUUCAAUAACCUUUUGGAGCCGCGAGAGCAGGCGUCCCGAGGCGAAGCGCUCGGUCCACGCAGGUUCAACAUAGUUGCAGGUUCAACAUAUUUGCGCACAUUUAAAAAAAAAUAAAUAAAAAAUAGCACAUUUAUAUAUGAAUGUAUAGAAGGUAAAGCGUGGCAAAUAAAAAAAGACAGGUAGAAAGAGAGAGGAAGUUCAGCAAGAGAGGGAGAGGAAUGAAGCUCUGGUGAGAGAGAAAUGGCGGCCGAGGAGGUUUCAGUGUGAGUGAGACGGAUGUUUAUUUGCAACAGGUUGCAGAGAAAAGACGCUUUGGACAAUUUUCACUUGACGUGAAGACGCUUAUCAGAGUUAGUGAAUAAUUUUCAGAGCUGGGUUAGAAAAAAAAUGUGAUUUUCAGCGAAUGCAAUCCAGAUUCACAACAGUACGGAAGCAAAGAAAGGCCGAAAUUAACUAUUAACACAACUUUUAUUUAUUUGGAUUCACAUUCUUGUUUACUGCCACAAAUACUCAAACAUGAAUUAAAUACAAAUAAAAGCCAAAUACGUCUCCUAAAAACUCAACACAAAGAGAUUUAUAUUGAUUAUAAGAAAUUAGUGAUGUAAAACGACAUUUUAAGGGAAGUUACUAAAUGUUUGUAAAUUUGUAAGGUCUCAAUAUUUUACUUUGAUAACCAUCUUUCUGAAUUUAAGUUGCUUGAAUUUUAAAUUUAUUUAAUUUAUGAAACAUGAUUUUCGUUAGAUUUUUUUACAUAUAUAUUUCAAGUAUUCAGAAAAAUGUAUUCAAUAGUGGUUUCAUAAUUUUAUUUUAUUUUUAGAGCUUUUUGCCUUUAUUUGACAGACUUCUCUAUAAUUUUAGUUAACUUAUGUUCUAUACUGAUGAUUGUUGCUAUACAAAUAAAAAAAAAGUUAUUAUUUUGGCCUUUACUUGCUUCCAUACAAAAAAACAACCUGUGUCAUUUUCCUUCAAAACAAAACAACUCAUCUGUGUUUUUAACACAUCAAACAACAGAAAUAAAUCACAUUCGGUCUUUGUGGGUGAGAAAUAAAACUUCCUUCAUGGCCUUGUUACACAGCAUGUGCUGAUAGCUUAGCAGGAUUUAGCGGUCAGAGGAAGGAUUGCACUCCUAAAAAGCCAUAUCCAACCGGACAGUGAUGCUUUGCUGCACAGUUUAUAGUGUUAUUGUUUGUUUGUUUUUUUUUGAAUAUUCCUUAUUAUAUCAAAUUGAUAUUCUUGGAUGUCCGCAGCUCUAUUUAAUAACAGUACAGAGUGGUGCACGACAUUUUCUAUCAAACAUUCAGGGAGAUUAAAGUUCAGCGGGUGUCAGACUCAAACAUCAUAUCACGGUGACAAUCUGCUGUUUUCAACUCCGGCACAACUUACGUACAGCGUGUGCAGUGGUGGAAGACGUACAUUUACUACAGUACCAAUACAUCCAUUACAAGUUAAAGACCUCCUGCAGACGUGUGUUUAAGACAUAUAUACAGACAGUCUGCAUGGAAACAAUAAUGUGAUUUAAUUUUAAGUAUAAUUUUCACAUUAAAUUCUACCUCAUUAAAAACUCCAGAAUCUAUGAAUAUGCAAUUUCAAACCCACUUUUUAUAUCUUCAAAUAUUUAAAACCAAACUUGGGUGAUAAGAACAACUCAAAGUGACAAAAACCUUUGGAAAACAUUUAUUUUACCCAUCUGCUAACAUGGAGGCAGCAGGCCUUAUGUCCCAUACUGCAGUCAGCCACCAGGGGGAGAUAGAGAGGUUUCAAUGCUUUAAACUACUUUAAAUACAAUUAGCUAGUUUAGUGGUUCCCAACAUAGGGGUCGGGCCCCUCCAGAGGGUCACCAGAUAAACAUAGACUCCAAUCGUUGCUGUUUGGCGUCUUUGGGCCUCAAACUGUUUUUUAAGUGAAACCCCAAAAACAAAAAGGUUGUGAAAUCCUGGAGGGACCGACAACAACAACAACAACAACAACAACACAUGUUUACAGCUGUCAGAUGAAUGCAGUGCAGUAAAAAGGAUAAUAUUUCCCUCUGAGGUGUAGAAACAGGAGUAAGUCCCCUUCCACCGCUGUAUGUCGGCUGUAACUCGACAUUGUGGACAGUCAUUUGUGCCUUGUACCUAAAACUGGAUCUGACACCCCGCCACAAUAAGAGUCUGAAGAGACUGAAGCUGACCGUUGUUUUGUUUUAUUUUAGAGGCGGAGAGGUGGCUGGGGGUUGUUCACAUUUGAAUAUUUUGGUUUAAAAACUGUAUAUUUGGAGCUCGGACCCUCGGCCGCGAACCCUCUGCGUCUGUUUGUGCCCCGUUUGCUGUAAAUCCAGCGACUAAAAUUCACCCAUUAGAACCCCUCUAGCUGUUGUAGUUGAAAGCGGGCAGAGCCCAGAUAUGUUUUCUUUUAUGAUGAUGUCUCCGGGUUGGUCGGCUUCCAGCUCAGAUUUCCUGCGCACGCCCCCCCCCCACACCCCGCCGACUCGUCAGUACAGCAGAGGCGGAGGACAGGAGGGCCAGGAGCUCGUCCUCGGGCCGCAGGCGGAGUGUCAACUAACCAAAGUGUGAAAUACAAUGUGUUUAUUUGUGUUUUUUUGGUUUGAUUCUUUAAUGAGUAACUGCCUGGACUUUGUCAAAUCUGUCAUCCACUUGUACCUCAAAUGCCCCUGAUGAAAUUAUUUGUAUUUGGCGACAUCGGUUGAAUGUCCUCUGUACUGUAAACGGGCUGUAUUCCCCCCUCUUUAUGUGCACUAGUGCUUCUAAUAAACACCAGUUUAAUAUUCUAAAGAGAUUGUUAGCGGCAUAAGCUGGCCUUUGUCGCCAUUUGGAGACAAUGUUUCUCAGAAGAAAAAAGACAAAAGUGCACCUCUGUCGUCGCAGUCAGAGAUGAUGUACAGCGAUUCCCUCACUCACAAAUGUGGUAGUAUUUGUAUUUUGCAGAAAAAAAUAUACAAAAAUAUACGGGCUCUGUUACAAACGUC